AUGAAGCCUAGCACCAGCUGCCUCUCCCUCCUGGGCCUUGUCACCUUCUGCCUAGCCAGGAUAACUCUCGGGGAGUCAAGGAGAAUUCUCCCAGCUCUGUGUCAGCUGAUGCCAAACAAGGGCCAUUGCUCCUCUGAGGAGGAUGGAGUGCCGGUGCGCCGCUAUUACUACGACUCUGCUGCUGCACGGUGUAUGCCCUUCAACUACAGUGGGUGCGGCGGCAAUGAGAACAGGUUCAAUAACCGGAAGAAAUGCUUUGCAGUCUGCGGGAUCCCCGGUAUCCCCCCAAUCUGCCAGCUCCCACGGAAAAGGGGCCCCUGCAACCAGGACCUCCCUCAUUUCUACUUCAACAUGGCAACCCGCACCUGUGAGCUCUUCUCCUACAGUGGCUGCGAAGGUUUCCUCAACAGGUUCCAGACUAAGGAGGAGUGUCUGAAGACCUGCUUGUCUGAUGUUGUAGACACCCUCAAGGAACAAAAACUAAUACUACUCACCCCAAAACGUUGUUUACACUUGGUGAGCCAUUUCAUAGGAAUGCUGGUAUUUAUGCAGUUCUCCAAAGUGAGAAAAACAUUCAAGGACUUUUUACAAAUGAAGCCUUACAGAUACCGGUCUGUGCUACGCAGUCAGGAGAAGCAGGAGAAACAGGAGAAAAAGCAGCUUCUAGGCUGGGUGGAUCUGCUGGGACAGAACAGGUGUGAGAGUUCAGUGUGUGACCACAUUGACUACCCUCAGCCAAGGAAGAAUAGCCAAGGGACCAUGGACUGCAGCCCAGAGAUCAAACUGCACUGA